CACCGAGGCCCGGGGGCGAGCCUGGUCCGGCGCUAUAUAAUCUUCCCGGUCCGGUGGACGAAACCAGCGCACUGAAUCAGACAGGAGACAAAGCAAGCACACACUGAGCAAACAAACAUGGUGAAGAUCACUUUCCAGCCAGUGUCGGCGCAGAAGCCCGAAAAAGACAACGAUGAGGACAAGAUCAUUAUACCUCAGGCUCACGGGCAGUCGGUUCACCCAGUCAGGCCAAAGAAGCCUUUUCCAACCGGCCUGUGCUGCCUUGCCUUGGGCCUGGCAGUUUUCUUGAUAGGACUGGUGUUGGCGUCUGUCUUUAUCUAUCGCCACUACUAUAUACCUCAGCAGAUCCCAGAAGACAGUUUGUUCCAUUGUCGGGUUAUCUUUGAGGACUCUGUGUAUGCUCCUCUGAGGGGGCGGCAAGAACUCGAGGAAAACGUCGGCAUCUACCUUGAAGACAACUACGAGCAGAUCAGCGUACCCGUGCCACGUUUUGGUGGCAGCGAUCCCGCCGAUAUCAUCCACGACUUUCAGAGGGGCCUUACAGCUUAUCACGACAUCGCACUGGACAAAUGCUACAUCACCGAGCUGAACACAACCUUAGUGAUGCCACCACGCAACCUGUGGGAGCUGCUCGUCAAUGUCAAGAGAGGGACGUACCUUCCUCAGACGUACAUCAUCCAGGAGGAGAUGAUGGUGACGGGGAGGGUGAGGAACAUGAGGCAGCUGGGCCCUUUCAUUCACAGGCUCUGUUACGGCAGAGAAACUUACCGCCUCAGACGCCGCAGCCAGCGCCAACGUAUUGAGAGGCGUGAGACCAAGAAUUGUCACAGCAUCCGCCACUUUGAGAACACUUUUGUGGUCGAGACUGUGAUCUGCGACCGGUUCUAAAUCUGAGGUGGAAAUCACAGCCAUCCAACACUGAAGCCAAUUUAAACCAUACCUCUUGAAUUCCUUAAGCGUUAAACUGCACUUUAAGAGCAAGCGUUUGUCUCGUAGUUUUAGUUUCAGAUCCAGUUGGAAUGUUUUUGUUUAUGCUUUUAUUUUUUUGAAACGUCCGUGUACUAUGUUAAUGUCUUUUUAAUUUAAACGGAUUCCUGGAUAAUGUUAUAGAUUUGUUUCGAUAUAUCUGUAGCUUGUCAUGUCGUGCAGAACGUGUUAACCUGUGCAUGUAAGUUUGUGACAUUUACAUCAAUGGACUUGAUUUCAUUUCAUUUUUAUACUUGUCCUCGUAUUUUUUCAAUUAAGUUAUUUUUAGUUACUUUUUUUGUUGUUGUUUUGAAUGUCGGAAGAUGGCGAAACAUACCUCAUGUAGUUAAGAUAUUACUUUGCUGGUUGAUAUCAUAAUGAGUGGUGUAUAUAACUUUGACUAAGCAAUAUAUACUGUACAUUGAUUUUCUUCUUAAUUUCAUAUUGUUACAUGCAUAGAUUUUUAUCUGAGAUCAACUUGUUUUGUGGAUGAUCAUUUCUUUCUUGUUUGCCUUUUAGUUUUGUUCUUCUCACACUUUCCUACUCCUUGGAUAUAAACGGCUUUAGACUGUAAUUAGUAGCAGUGCUGUAGAAGGACAGAAGGAACCAAAGUCUGCAGUCAGGGAUGCUACAAGCUUGGUUUUAAGGACAUAUGAAUUAUUUAUAAAGAACGCUUUAUAGUCUAGAUCACUUACUGUAGAUGAUAUCAAAGGCUAAAAACUCACGUUGUCUUGCUCUUCCUCCUCUUCACUCAGAUUUGCCUGUUGUCUUCAGCUCUUGCCAUUUCCCAAUCUUUCCUAUCUUGGCAUUAUAAUGUUCUCUGAUGUUUCGUCCCAGCUUAAAAAAGGAAAAGAUUUUGGGCUGUCUUUCUGAUGUAUAAGUUGGAGUAAAUCUGAUUCUGUUGAGAGAGAGAGAUCUGUGAUCUGUUGUCAUAUUUCACUGUCUUGGGUACUGUAUUUCGCUGUACAGUCAAUUUUUCUUGUAAAAUCUUGCUGCUUUGAGAAUAAAUUAUCAAACUUUC